AAUGAAAUCAUCAUGGCCACUCCCUUUGUUUACCACGCCAAGGCCCAGUCCACCUUUAAACCCCCAUUGAUCGCGAAUGAGAAUGCCUUCCUGGGUGAUAUCGACUCGAGGUACGGAGUAUACACACCGACUUCUGUGGCGAUGUACACUGACAAUCACAGUGACCGGUAUAACCCCGACAAGCCCAUGACCGCCGGCUUCUACCGCCUCGAAAAGGGCACCCCCCUAGUCUAUGAAUACACCUACGACGAGAUGAAGAUCAUCCUCGAGGGCGAGUUUGAGAUUGCCGACGAGACGGGCCAGAAAGUGACGGCCACACCGGGGGAUGUGUUCCACUUCCCCAAGGGGACCAAAGUUACGUUUACGACGCCGUCAUAUGGGCUUGCUUUCUUCACCGGGCAACGAGCCAAGGGAGGGGCGUAAGGGAGAGAGAUAAAGCUUCAUAAAAAAAAAAAAAAAAAUUCUCGGCGGG